UAGUUUAAACGUUUGUGGUUAAAAUUAGGAAUUAAUUAUAAUAAAAGUAUUUAAAAAUGUGCUUUUAAAAGAGUAUUUAUGUGAAAGCUUGUGGCACUGCAGAAGUAGCGUGAGAUAUUAGUUCAAACCACUGUUUUUCUAGCAGUCUGCGCAAAACGCAAGUUUCAUCUGAACAUAUCGUAUCAUUUACUAAUUAUUUAUGCAUAAAUAUGUAUAGAUAUGUUAUUUACUUAUAUUUAUAGAUAUUUAACAAAAGGCUUAUAUUGAUUUACAACAAGCGUAUGUGCAGCGUAGUAUAUCUGGUUCAACCUCGCGUGAUGGACUGCAAAUGAGAGACCACAGAAAUGCGCUUGUAGGCAGCAACUGUAGAAAAUGUUUGAAUUAAUGCGCAGCCCACUCACAUUACCCUGAAGCGGUUGACGAGUGUCGUUCGAGCGUUGAUUCCCAGGCAUCAGCCGGUUUGUGUAGAGCCUUUGUAGUUGACCUAACAAAAGGACAUUUUUACAUACAACAAAUACAUACAGGAGUGUGCGUGUGUAGAUACCAGUGUCUGUACACUGUGUGAAGACACCACUAUACCAAAAUGUGAAAGCACAGACAAUGCCAAGUUGGAUAAACAAAUCGAUUGCAAGGAAAAAGGAUGUGUCAUAGCUGAGAAUAGCGAAACAAAUUACGUGUGUGUUUUGGAGAUUGAAAGCAUGGCGGAUACUCAACUAACACACGAAGCUAUCGAGGAUCAUACGCAAGCAGCAACCGUACUACCAGUGCCAGUAGCCUUACAAAUGGUGACUACUGAGACUGCUGAGAGUGACACAGAAGUAUCGAAAGAGGUUAAUAACGCCCCCGUAGAAAUUAUGGGAAAUGCUAAUGCAGAAGCAGAGAAUAAUGAAAAAGUUGAAGAGCAGUCUGAAGUCGCUAAGCAUGUCGAAGCGCAGCAGGAACAUAGCGAGGAUAAUGAUGCAACUCCGGAUAAAGAGAAAGAACCGCAGCCAGUUGAAACCGAGCACAAUGCAGAGCAAGCGGUCGAAGCUGGGGUGGAGGAAAUAACGGAUAUGCAAGAGAAUGCAGAGACGCCGCAGGUCGACGCUGAAGAUGUGGCUGUCGUGCAACCAGUGGCAGAAGAAGAAGAAGAAGCAGCAGUACAGCCGGAUAAUGGAUCACAAUCACCGGAUUAUCCUGCAGAUGCGCCGGCAAUAAAUGUAGAGGAAACAAAUGUAGAUGUUGAGAGUCCCCCAAUGACUGCAGCGAAGCCGGAAGACGCAGAGCAAAUGGAGCCACAAAAUACGAAUGAUGCUAAUGAUGGAGAUGAUGGGAAUAAAGACGAAACUGUGACAAAUAAUCAUGAUGAACAAACUGCAUUAAAUGGUGGUGUAACUGCGGUAAUGGAAAACAAUGACGAUUCGGCUCAUGUGGAUGAGCCAGAAAUACCAGACCACAACGUUGAGCCUCAGAUCGUCGAUAAUACUGCAAGCAGUAAUGCAGCAAAUGCUCCACCAACUGUUAUAGUGGACAACAUUUCGCCGCCAGCGAACACAGAACAAUUCCUCAGCUGUUACUCUUGCAGCAGCACCACGGAUGCAAAGUGUGCGCCGGGUCCUGGCAGAGCCAUGAACUGUCAAGCCACCGGAAAUAAACAAAAUGGCUGCUAUACACUUUACAAGGCUGACACAAAUGUCACCACACGCGGUUGCAUUUCCGAACUCACCAAUGAAGGUCUCAAGUUUUGCAAGUCAAACAGCAAACAAUGCAUUCUAUGCUAUGAGAAAGGUUGCAACAAACUAUUGGCGCCAUCGGCUGCUAAUCAAAGCAACUCACAGCUGAGCAUUUGGCUGGGGAUCAUAAGUUUUAUGCUGGUUACAUAUAUGCUUUAAACUAAAGAAGCUAUAAAAAAGUGUUUUUGUAAUCAUUAUAGAAAAUUUAAGUUAUAUGUAUGUAUAUAAAUGUUAUACACUUUUUACCCAAAAUGAAAUAAAUAAAACGUAUUUUUACCUUCUUUA